AUGAUGUCAGACUGGAUUCGUGAGAAUGCAUUUCAGAAUAGAGCCUAUGGCUACGCAAUGCGCACGGAGUUGAUCUCACAAGUCCAAGCUCAUAAGUGCCUUUGGGAUUAUACAACAAACGACUACAGAGUUCAAGACUCAAAGGCGAGAGCAUGGGAAAUCGUUCGUUCUUCCAUGAAAAGCAAGGGAUUUGAUUAUGAAGUGAUCAAUCUGAAAAGGCUGUGGAAAAGUCUGAAGGACACAUGGAGGAAAAUGAAGCAAAAAGCAGGACCGGGGGGUAAAACGCUGUGGACGUAUUCCAAGCAGAUGCAGUUCCUGGAGAGAGUCGAAUUCAUGGAAGGUCGUUAUCCGAACUACGUUACGCAAGCAUACCCCUCUCCACCUGAACGCGUUGUGAGAAAUACUCUAAAGCGCAAAGCUCCUGCUCCCGACGAAGCAGUUCAAAAGAUACCAGACGCAUCCGAUGCAAAAAAGCCGAACUCAAGUCCUCCGCAGCAGGCACACGACCAAUUUUCAGCAUUUGGUUUGUAA